GGGAGAUGAUGUCAGGGCGGGCGGGCCGCCAUGGUGCCCGGGCGCUGAGGGAGGCGGCACGGCCCGGCCCGGCUCGGCUCGGCACGGCUCGACCCGACCCGGCACCAUGUCGGGGCCGAGCGCCGUGUCGGAUCCCCAGCACCCUGCUCGGUUACUGCGGGCCCUCAGCUCGUUCCGCGAGGAGAGCCGCUUCUGCGACGCGCACCUGGUGCUGGAGGGCGAGGAGAUCCCGGUGCAGAAGAACAUCCUGGCGGCCGCCAGCCCCUACAUCAGAACAAAGUUGAAUUACAAUCCUCCUAAGGACGAUGGCUCAACGUAUAAGAUUGAACUUGAAGGGAUUUCUGUUGAUAUCAUGAAAGAGAUACUAGAUUACAUCUUCAGCGGCCAGAUCAGGCUAAAUGAAGAAACAAUCCAAGAUGUGGUACAGGCAGCUGAUCUCCUGUUGCUUACAGACUUAAAAACUCUCUGCUGUGAGUUUUUAGAAGGUUGCAUAGCUGCUGAGAACUGUAUUGGUAUUCGGGACUUUGCACUGCACUACUGUUUGCAUCAUGUUCACUACCUUGCCUCAGAGUAUCUGGAAACUCAUUUCCGAGAUGUCAGCAGCACAGAGGAAUUCUUGGAACUGACUCCUCAAAAACUGAAAGAAGUACUGUCGAUGGAAAAGCUCAAUGUUGGAAAUGAAAGAUACGUCUUCGAAGCGGUUAUUAGGUGGAUUUCUCAUGAUUCAGAAUCAAGAAAGGUUCACAUGAAGGAUGUCAUGUCAGCAGUGUGGGUGUCAGGCCUGGAUGCAGCAUACUUACGGGAGCAGAUGAUGAGCGAACCGCUGGUACGGGAGAUUGUCAAAGAAUGCAACAAUAUUCCGCUCACGCCACCGCAGCAGGGAGAGGCGAUGCUGGCCUCCUUCAAGCCCCGGGGCUACUCAGAGUGUAUUGUGACUGUCGGUGGGGAAGAAAGAGUAUCACGGAAACCAACCUCAGUGAUGCGGUGCAUGUGUCCUCUUUAUGACCCCAAUAGGCAGCUCUGGAUUGAACUUGCUCCUAUGAGUAUUCCAAGGAUCAAUCAUGGAGUAUUAUCAGCAGAAGGAUUUUUAUUUGUGCUUGGUGGUCAAGAUGAAAACAAGGGAACGCUAAGCUCUGGCGAGAAAUAUGAUCCAGAUACCAAUUCAUGGAGUUCCUUGCCACCGAUGAAUGAGGCACGACAUAAUUUUGGUGUGGUGGAGAUUGAUGGAAUUCUGUAUAUUCUGGGAGGCGAGGAUGGUGAAAGGGAGCUAAUCUCUAUGGAGAGCUACGAUAUUUAUAGCCGUACCUGGACCAAGCAGCCAGACUUGACUAUGGUUAGAAAGAUUGGCUGCUAUGCAGCUAUGAAGAAGAAAAUCUAUGCAAUGGGUGGAGGCUCCUAUGGAAAGCUCUUUGAAUCUGUUGAAUGUUAUGACCCUAGGACUCAGCAGUGGACAGCAAUCUGUCCUUUGAAAGAGAGAAGAUUUGGGGCAGUGGCCUGUGGAGUUGCCUCUGAGCUUUAUGUAUUUGGCGGGGUCAGGAGUCGCGAUGACAGUCAAGCUAGCGAGAUGGUGACGUGCAAAUCUGAAUUUUAUCAUGACGAGUUUAAAAGGUGGAUUUAUCUAAAUGACCAGAACCUAUGUAUCCCAACUAGUUCUUCUUUCGUGUAUGGAGCUGUGCCCAUUGGAGCCAGCAUUUACGUGAUUGGAGAUCUCGAUACAGGUACAAAUUAUGACUAUGUUAGAGAAUUUAAAAGAAGCACGGGAACCUGGCAGCGCACGAAGCCCCUAUUUCCAUCGGACCUUCGCCGUACUGGCUGUGCAGCUUUGCGGAUUGCAAACUGCAAGCUCUUCCGCCUGCAGCUUCAACAGGGAUUGUUCCGCAUUCGUGUACCUUCUCCGUGAUCAGUAUGCUGGCAGUGGAGGAGACUGGAAGAAUUCUGCGCAGUCCACCAUAAUAUAGCUCUAUAUAAAGGAAAAGCUGAGAAAUUACAACUGAAACUUACACUGUAUGCUGUGCUUUGGUAUGGUAACUGUUUUUGUUUUAAAUGCUUAAAAAGCUUGAGUCUCAGUUCUUGUUUCGGGGACAAAUAACUUACGUAUACAUUAAAAAGAAGAGGGGGGAAAAAACGGGAAUCAAGGAAACACCUUCAGUCGUAACCGUUUGGACUUUAAAGCGUGUUAUUGAAGGAGGUUUGCUGUGUCUGGAACUGGUGGGAAUAGGUAUUCCUUUGGCAAAGGUUAUUGAAAAGCGAAAAAGAUUUAAGGUGUGUUUCCCCUGAGGGGAACUGAUAAGAAUAAAUGUGCUAUCUCGGACUGGAUAGCUAUAAUACGCAGAAGCUAUAUGAAAACCAACCUCCCUGGUAUACUGCAAAGACUGUUGUUUGACUGUAAUGCCGCCGGAGACGUUGGUUGUUGCACCUUUUACUUCUAGUCCUUCCUCAAAAGUUAAGGUCUGUGCCUAAAAAUGGUGGAGGUGUGUACAUACGUUUUUCAUUCAUUUGCAAUGUUUUCAUUCCUAAAAAUAUUUUUAAUAUAUUUAAAAUGGACUAAUCUAAAACGGAUACAGUAUACUACAGAGAAGUAAACUGUUUUUUCUACGCUGUCAUUUGAAUAGCCUGGUGAACUGGUGUACAGAUGGGCGGCGUGUGUUCCUGCAUGGAUUUUAGAGGCUGUUUUCUUGAAGUAAAGGGAAGUGGCAUUUGGAACGGUUCAUGACAAUUGCUGCUCUUGGUAAAAGACAACAAAACUUGAGAAAUUAACGAAAAUAGGUGAUGUUCCUUUUUACUUCAGAUCACGUGAAAACUAGGAGAAUGUUUUGUAAGAUUGAGGAUUAUAGAAAGAUGCAUUUUAUCUGUGUUGGAACAAAGGUAAAAUUUGACAAGGAUAUAUUUGUUUCACAGAAAAGAAGAUUUUUUUGGACUAUCAGUUAAGGAAAAUCAGUACAGCUAUUUUACAUUGGGAUCAAAAGUUGGUUUACUAAUAAUUUCCAUGCUAGGGUACAGUCUCGUUUCCUGCUGUUUGACUUUGAAAGCUGGAUUUUAUGGUGUGGUUAUAGUGAAGAAUUUGGUAUCUUGCAUUUUAUUUCUUACUAAGUCUUGUUCACAUUGGUAGUGAUAUUUAACUGACUUUUGUUCGUAGUAAAAAUCGGCUGGUAGAACACUUUACCUCACUUUUUAAUGUCACUGUUGUUUGUGAUGGGUGGGAUGUGAUCUAUAUUUAUUUAAAAGGAAUAAAGCGAGAGAGGUGGAAAUAGAAAUGAGGCUUCCUGCCCUUCAGAAAAAGUUUUUGUAUAACCAGUAUUAUAACUACGUAAAAUACUUUCCGCUCUGCAAUUUUGUGGACCUCAGACAAGCCAAUCUCUGCCCUCAGUUGUGUUAGUGUAAAGCUGUGUCAUUUUUAUUGAAUCAUCUUAGGUCUGCUGAAGUACAACCCCAGACUAGUACGAUAGUUAUAUUUAACUAAAUGUUCCUUGAAGAGACAUUCUGAAACUUACUUCUGCUCAGUCCUUCCACAGUGCUGAUGUGUAGCUGGAAUUACUCUGAUUCUGAGAGAAGGGGUGAAAAUAAAUCAACAAGAGGGCAGCAGUCAAUCCCUUGACAAUUAUUUAUUUUUUUUUAAUUUUUUUACAAUGCUGAAGUGCUGCAAAACUUGAACUACAUACAUCAAUUUUCUGACCUAUAUUAGUUGGCGUAUUAAAACGUUUAUAUAUUUAUGCAUUGCAGUAAACUUGGUGUGUGUAUAUAUAUAUAUAUGUCUUUAGAUUUUAAAUUUAUAUGAAUGCUUUACUACAGAAAUGUGAACCACUAUUUCCAUCGUCAGCUGUCUUGUGAAAUAAAUCAAGUGCUGUUAGCUUAUCUGUAAAACUUCCCUUUUCCAAAAAUUCUACGUUAAUUUGUCCUUAGAAAAAGUGCCGAGAUCCUAUAUCCAGAAGUGAUGAGACUGAAUGUUUCUAAGCAUCUGUUUCGCUUUUGAACUUAGUUUUCUAAGUGGCUUAGAAAACUCUCAGAAAUGUUAUUUAGACUAGUGCAGGCUGCUAUCUCUUGAGUCCCUAGCUCCCUAGUUCACUUGUGGGCAUUUAGUGUCCAGAAAACCUAAGUAAUAAAUGCACAUAAUAAAUCCAAAUCAUAUAUACAUCCACAGUGUUUUGCAGUUAAAGUUAUGAACAAAAUGUUUACACUUACAGUAGGAUUACAGUAGGUUUUUUUUUUUUUUUUUUUUAAGUGUAAAUAAAGCAAGCAAUUCUGCUGGUAACCAGAAUGUGUUGCAAGUGCACUCAGUUACUCAGCUAGAUUUGACCAAGAAGCUCAAGUCCCCUCACCUGAAACAAUUACAAACUUAAUUUCUUGGCACGUUGCUUUCUCUGUGGUUGGAGGUCA